AUGCCUUCCUCCCCCGCCCCAUCCCCCGUCGUCGUCCUCAGCGACGACGGCGCCGCAUCCGGCGCGCCCUCGAGGUCCGCCGCCGAGCGCAUCGCCUCCACCCUGACCACCCAGGCCGCGGUCGACGCCCUCUGCAAGAACCACGACAUGCCGAGGGGGUUCGCCGCGCGCCCCGCCGGCGAGCUGCGCGCGUGCAGCGCGCCUCCGCGGGGGUCCGUCUGCGUGUACGCCCACAUGCUGGAGACCGGGGUGCGCUUCCCGCUGCACCCCUUCUUCUGCGACGCGCUCAACCACUUCGGCCUCGCGCCGGGCCAGCUCUCCAUAAACGGGUGGCGCGUCCUGGUGGGGUUCGUGGCGAUCUGCCACGAGGCCGGCGUGCCGCCGUCCAUGGCUCUGUUCCGGCACUUCUUCAAGCUGUACAACCGGAACGACUGGUACUACUUCCGCUGCAGGGCGUUCGCCGGAGUGCUCUUCACUGGCACGAGCUAUUCGCAAUCUGAGAGGGAGUGGAAAGGGGCUUUCUUCUUCCUGACGUCGCCGGAGUCAUGGCGCUGCCCUGUGCGCUGGGGCGAGCCGCCGUACAAGAGCUCCGCCGCAGGUCCGGCGCUCACGAGCCACCAGAAGCAGUCGGCGGAAAAGCUGCUAGCCGUACACGGCACAGCGCGUGAUCUCCGGGCUUACCUCCGGCAGACGGAUCUUGCUGCGGCCUUGUCCGCGGACCUCGCCGGCGCACCGCCACCACCUCAGCCUUCUCCCCGUUCUACUGUUGCCAAAGGGGUGGAUCCACCCGUCCGCGACAUGACUGACAAAAUGCCAGUGGAGAAGACGGCGGCGCCGGCGGCACGGACGGAGCAGGUGAAAAGCGAGGCGCACGGCGACACGCUUCCCAUGUCCGGGAAGAAGAGGAGACGGGAGGAGGGGACUGCAACAAACGGGCAUCAUUGCGCCGCCCCAGUGUCCACCCCGCGUGCCCCGUCGGGCUUUGACCCGCGGUCACCGCGCUCCCCCGUACCCGACACACACGACGGCGACGGCGCCGGCUGGAAGGCCGCGCAGAAGGUUCUAGAGGGCCUCGUCACGCCGUCGCGGGAGCGCCACUUCGCGGCGUCCAAGCCCUCCGACCUCCUGGCGUCGAGCUACGUUGCAGUGCUCCAGGCCGCGAACUACGCGACCUUCUCCCUGAACUACGCGCUGGAGCUGGACGAAAAGGUUGUGGCGCGCGAGCGCGACAACCUGGCGCUGUGGGAGCAAGUGGAGAAGGAGAAGGCGGCGAGGCAGGCGGCGGUGGCGGAGCUCGAAAAGGUGAAGGCAGAGCUGGAGAUUGCCCAGGCCACGGCGGUGCAGCAGUUCCUGGGGUCCGGGGAGUACACGCGGCGGCUGGCCGAGCAUGCGCUGCCGGCGUACCUGCGCGGCGCAGAGGAGAUGAAGCGCGUCGCGCUCCGGCACUACCCGCGCCUCGACGCCACCAAGCUGGUCCUGCCGCUUGAUUAG